CUCAACGGGCUGGGUUCUGCUGGUCCAUAGUGUUUCUAGCUCCUACGAGCUUCUAUUGGCAUGUUGGAUUGAUCGACUCGUGUUAGCCAACUUUGAAGCUUUCAUAUUGUGAGUUUCCGAGGGCCAACAUGGUUUGCUUCGUGGAGGUGUCUCAGCUCCUUCAUGCGUGGCUUGAAGAAAAUCUCAUUCCUCCUUGGCUGUUUUGCACGAGCACACACGAACAGAAGGGCCUGACUGGAAGUUCUGGUACCGCCCCUACAGUGACCACGCUUAAUCCUACAAAGUUCGCAGGCAAUAUGACAGUGGGAUGUCCGACCGGUGCAAAUGUGAAGACACCCGUGUUCGGUCCAAGUGAGGGAAUGAGCAGUAUGACCGAAUCCAUAUUCGGUGCGAGUGGGGUGACCUUAACGGACGUAGCCGCGGUUGGUCCAAUAGCCAAGGUGACCGGAGCGGACCCCAUAGUCGCACUCGAUCCAACAAAGGUGGUGAUCGAAGUGGACCCCACGGCCGCACUCGAUCCAAAAGGAACGUUGAUCGGAGUGGUCUGCCCAACAAAGCCACCCAAUCCAGCUGAAACGUUCACAAUCGGAGUCUCGGAACUACUCCCGUUUCCAGUGUGAGCGUCAAAACUGAAUCCGUCCAUACCCGCCAUCGUGCACGGAUAUGACUACCACUUUAAGAUUGUUAUAAUUUUUGUACGGAUUACAACGGACGGGGAAGAUGGACGGUCCCGGAAGAUAAAAAAAUAAACAAAAUUCUGAAUUUAUA